AUGUGUCAUAAGGAGCCAUCAGCUGUUGUUCAUUUUGAGACUAUGCCUGCAUAUCAAGGGGAUGACUUGGUGGCUGACAUUCGGGUAUUGCAUCGAGUCUUUUGGAGUUAUUACCCCUGCAUUAGAGCAUUCAGACAUUGUAAGCCAGUUGUCCAGGUGGAUGGGACACACUUGUAUGGAAAGUAUAAGGGUUGUCUACUAGUGGCAGUUUCACAAGAUGGCAACAACAAUAUCGUCCCAAUUGCAUUUGCUAUUGUGGAGGGAGAGACCUCUGAUGCAUGGCAUUUUUUCCUUAGUAACCUGCGUCAACAUGUUGUAACUCGUGAUGGUGUGGGUCUAAUAUCCGACAGGCACGAAUCCAUAAAUGCAGCUGUGGAACGCAGUAACGGAGCGUGGUCACCUCCAAGACUGUGUCACAGCACAUUCACCAAUGGGAAGGUGAAACGAUACUCGAGGACGGUGCGGGAGUAUGAAGUUCGCUACCAACGUUUACGAGAACGGGGCGAGGCCUACACUAACUGGUUAAAUCGAAUCCCCCGCGAACAGUACGCGUUGGCUUUUGAUGGUGGGUAUCGAUGGGGUCAUAUGACGACGAAUCUAGUGGAAUGCAUCAACUCAGUAUUGAAGGGUGCUCGCAAUCUACUCGUCACUGCCCUUGUGAAGGCAACAUUUUACAGGCUUAACGAGUUGUUCACACGAAAAAGGGCGGAGGCGGAAGCCCGGAUUAAUGCUGGGCAUGUGUUUUCUGAAGUUGUCACCUCGAAGUUGCAUGCAAACCAACUUGCAUCAGGAAACAUACAGGUUAGUUGCUUUGACCGGCUGAAUGAGGUAUUUGAGGUGCGUGAGAUGCCCAGUGGACUGGAGUUUGCAGUCGACCUACGAGGCCUUCGAUGUGACUGUGGUGAGUUCCAGGUGGAUAGAGUCCCCUGUCGACAUGUGUUUGCAUGUUGUGCCAACCAGCGACUGGACUGGCAACUGUAUGUGCAUGAUGUGUAUAAGAUGGACCAAGUUCGGCGUGUGUACCGAGCAAGGUUUAGGCCACUAGGUAACCCGACUACAUGGCCUGGCUACAAUGGACCUCGGUUCAUACCAAAUCCAUUCCUGAGACGAGUGACAAAAGGCCGACCCAGAAUGACGCGCUUCUUGAAUGAGAUGGACACGCGUAUGUUACGUCGGCCUAGGCGAUGUACGCUUUGUGGAGCUGAAGGACACAGCCGUAGCAGAUGCCGUCGGUCCGGUGGUGCAAAUGCCGGCGGAGGUACUCAGUAG